GAAAUCAAUAAAUAACAACGCCAUAUGAAUUAUUGCUUCCGUGCGUGUGUUUUGAAGCGCUGCAUUCACUGCGCUGCGCUUCCAGGUUUGCAGACGGCGUUUCUCCAGGAGCUGCGUGUGACGUCGCGCAGACAGCAGCCAGGAGCAGCCGGCACGGCACGCUGUGGGACAGCAGGACUCAACCCUUGUGUCCGGGAGGAGAAACAUGGCCACCGCAUUUUCAGAGCUGAACUCGCUCACAUGCUGUGCUCAGUGUGAUCAGUAACGGCGAGUGUUCAAGACGAUUGCUGGCGGUAUUGCAUAGGUACGCUGGCUCAGUGUUUUUACCUUUUAAAUAUAAGACAGUUCACCAGAGUAAAAGACAAGGCUAUGUGUGUUGAGACGCGUCUCUGAAAUGAAAGAAGAGAUGGAUAUGCGCGCAUCCUCCGCGUCUCUCCUGGAAGAAGAACUCGCCUCUGCUAUCGAGCCUGCAGUGAAAGCGGCUGUGCUGAGCGUCAUGUCUGCAUUAGCAAAGUUCGUGGACAGUAAAUGUGCAGUUUUCCACCUCAGACUGGACGAGAGAGACCACGAAUUCGAAAGCGUGAGAUUGCGAUUGGAAAUAGCGGAGAGCGAGUUGAAAUCGAUGCGGGGCGGAGAAUACACGAGCACUGGCGAUAAAAACUUUACGCAAUCUCUCACCAGCACUAAAACGCAAUACCCCGGGAGCGACAGUGUUGUUGCUCACGGCUUGCCAGCAUGGGAUUUCUCUACUGUUCCAGUUCAGCCAAUCAGGGAGCCGGAGCCGGCAGUGAAACGCUCCGGGGUUUUAUUCCAGGGAGAUUUAUCCUAUACAGACCUGCUUGUUCAAGGUGAUGACUGUGAACAGAGGGGCCACACAAGCACAGCGGGGUGGAGGAGAGCAGUGAAAGGUCCUGCACAGAGAAAUGCUCUCCCCCAUGCUGAGGAAGGGACGAAGGCAGAAUCAGCUCCCAUUCAAGAGGAGCUCUUUGCCCAGGAAUGGUGCAGGAGUCCAAAGCAGGCUACAGAGCUGACAUCUAUUGAAGGGAAGGAGGAGGAGGAGGAGGAACCUGCACUAGAUCCUGAGCACAUUAAUGAAGAGAUCCCUGGAAUUGAACCGGUCAUCAUUAAAGAGGAGGUUCCUGAACUUGAAUCUGACCCCAUUGAAGAGGGGGGUUCAGACCACUUUGAAAGACGGCAGCAAAUUGACACAGGAGAGAAACUGCAUCUCUGCCUUGUAUGUGGGAAGAGUCUCGGUACAUCAACAGAGCUGAAAAGACACCAACGAAUUCACACAGGAGAAAGGCCGUACUGUUGCACUGAAUGUGGAAUGAGUUUCAAUACCUCUACAGAUCUGAAGAGACACUGUCGCAUUCAUACAGGAGAGAAGUUACACCAUCUUAAAACACACCAGCAAAUUCACUAUGGAAAGAAGCUGUAUCACUGUAAUGUAUGUGAGAAGAGUUUCACUCAGCUAGGAUCCCUGACAUUGCAUCAGAGAAUUCACACAGGAGGGAAGCUGUAUCACUGCACUGACUGCGCCAAGGAUUUCAAUACAGCAGGAGAGCUGAAAAUUCACCAGCGAUCUCACACAGGAGAGAAACCGUAUCGCUGCACUGAGUGUGAGAAGAGUUUCAAACAACUAUCCCACCUUAAAGCCCAUCAGCGAAUUCACACAGGGGAAAGACCGUACUGCUGCACUGAAUGUGAUAAGAGUUUCACUACCUCUACAGAUCUGAAAAGACACCGUCGCAUUCACACAGGGGAGAAGCCGUAUUCUUGCAUUCAGUGUGAGAAGAGUUUCAAACAGCUACACCACCUUAAAUCCCACCAGCGAAUUCACUAUGGAAAGAAACUGUAUCACUGUAAUGUAUGUGAGCAGAGUUUCACUCAGUUAGGAACCAUGACAUUGCAUCAGAGAAUUCACACAGGAGGGAAGCUCUAUACAGGAGCAGAGCUCAAAAUACACCAGCGAUCUCACACAGGAGAGAAACCGUAUAGCUGCACUGAGUGUGAGAAGAGUUUCAAACAACUAUCCCACCUUAAAGCCCACCAGCGCAUUCACACGGGAGAGAAACAGUAUCACUGUGCUGACUGUGAGAAGAGUUUCAUUGUUUCUGCAGACCUGAAAAGACACCAGCGAAUUCACACCGGAGAGAAGCCGUAUAGCUGUGAUCACUGUGGGAAGAGAUUCAAUCGGGCAGAAAAUCUGAUGUCACACCUUCGGGUUCACACAGGGGAGCAGUUGGCUCACUGCGCUCAAUAAGAGAGAUUUUAUUUUCCACUCCCAGUUGAAAAAGCACACAGUAUCCAGACACUUCACUAGGAGCAGCAGCACUGUCCCUUCAUCACAAGAGGACUCAGUCUAGUGCAGGAGUCUCAAACACUAAGUAGUUGCACAAGAGUAAUGUAAUCUGGCCCUCAUGGAGCUGCAUGCGUAAAACUCAAAUACAGUUGUAAAACGUGUGUAGGCGAUGCUGUGCAUUGUUUAUGGUUCGUUCUGUUGUAAUACGUUGCUACCACUUUAAGAACUGUCGCAUGUGCUACUGUAAAUUGACACAGUCCUGGUUUACAGCAGAGAUAAGAAUCCAUACAGACCGACAUGUGUUUGGAAGGAGCAACUGAACUGACAGCUUGGUGACAGUGAAAGUCCCAUAACAAUUGACAAAAGAUAAUUGAUCUGAUCUAAACUUUAUUUUUUCUCCGUUGAGUCAGCAUCAGUACAAAAAAUAUGAGUGGCGCCGAGACUAUAUGAACUACUCAUCGUAGCAGCCACUGGAAAAUAUAUCGUACAGGGAUCCCCAACAAACGAAAAUGAGCAAACAAAUGUCCCAGUCUAAAAGAAAAAUUGACCACAAACACAGGCAAUUUGAAGAUAAGUGGACGGUUGAUUAUUUUUUUGUGGAAUACACAAUGUUUGAUUUGCAAGGAAAGAGUUGCCGUUUUAAGAGAGUACAAUAUUAAACAGCACUAUACAACAAAGCAUGCAGAGCAGUGUGAUAAAUAUCGAGGAGAGAAGGAGAAGACAGCCAUGCGGUUACAGAAAGGAUUAGUGUUACAGCAACAGCUUUUUCAGAAAGUGAAGAGAGUCAGAGGAAGCAGCUUCGGCAAGUUCUGUGCUGAGUGAAGUGAUUGUCUGGGAAGCCGUUCGCUGAUGGCGAAUUUAUUAAAGACUGUAUAAUUAAACGUUCUGAGGUCGUAUGUCCUGACAGGAGAAACGUGUUUGGCAAUAUUAGCCUGUCUGCAAAUACCGUAGCAGAGCGUGUUGUUGAACUUUCUAAAGCUCUUGAGGAGCAGCUCUGAGAGAAAGGCAAAGCAUUCAGUGCAUACUCUAUCACGCUUGAUGAGAGCACCGAUUUGGUUCAUAUGCGCCGAUAUUUGUGAGAGGUGUUGAUUACUUUCAAGUCAUGGAAGAACUGCUAAGCUUGUCUACAGUGCGCGGUAGAACAACAGCAAGUGAGGUCUUUCAAAACCUUAAAGACGCACCAGAAAACGCUGGUCUGCAGUGGCACCCUUUAGCAGGCUUAACAACAGAUAGAGCCCCGGCAAUGAUUGGGAAAAAGAACGGGUUAGUAGCUCUUGUGCAAAAAAAGAUGGAAGAACAAAACGCAUUGCAACCAGCAGCAUUACACUGCAUCAUUCACCAGCAGGCACUGCGCAGUAAAUCUUUGAAGCUUGACAACGUUGUGCCCGUUGUUGUGAAAUGUGUGACCUACAUUCGCUCCAGGGGCUUGCAGCACAGACAGUUUUGUGCUUUCUUGGAUGAAGUUGAAUUCAAAUAUGGUGGCUUGCUGUACUUCACAGAGAUGCAUUGGCUAAGCAGGGGCACUGUUUUAAAGAGAUUGCUUGAGUUAAAAACAGAGGUGAACAAGUUCAUGGCCGAGAUUAAUAUGCCUCUGUCAGAGUUUGAAGACACAAAAUGGAUGACGGAUCUUGCUUUCCUUGUUGAUAUCACCCAAGACUUGAAUAACCUAAACCUGAAGCUACAAGGUCCUGGUCAGCUUGUGACAACAGUGAUGAUUUGAAAGCAUUCACAACUAAACUGAAACUGUGGAAAAAUCUGAUUUCUCAGAGUAAUCACACUCAUUUCCCAUCAUGCAAGUCAUUUCUGGAAGAGCUGGAUAUUGAAAUGCAGUUCAGUGGUGCUGAAUACGCAACUAAACUAGACCUGCUUUUGGAGGAAUUUGAUCAGCGGUUUGCAGAUUUCAGAAAGCAAAGAGUAAGCUUCCAGUUGUUUGCUGAUCCGUUUUCAGUUGAUGUGGAAACAGCACCAAGUGAUUUACAGAUGGAGCCCGUUGAUCUUCAAAGCAACGCACCUCUGAAGAAUAAAUUCAAGGAAGCCCAAGGAGAUGUCACACAGUUCUUCCCCACAGCUUUGCAACAGCUUCAUAAACACCAUGGCUCUGUUUGGCAGCACAUACAUGUGUGAGAAACUUUUUUUUUUCCACUAUGAAUAUAAACAAGUCAAAAUACAGAACAAAAUGAUCUGAUACACACCUUGCUGCAAUCCUGAAGAUUUCAACUGCUCAGUCACUGAGGCCACUGAGGUCAAGAGACUCAGAGCCGAAGCAUUGCCAGGUGUCUGGCAAGCGCUAAAAAAAACACCCAAACUGUAAAAAAAGUUCUAUGACAAUUCAGUGUAAUACUUCAUGAAAGCUUUUUUUUUUUUUUUUUUUUUUUU